AGAGAGAAAGGUUUGUAUGAAUAAUGAAUGAACUGAAGUUAGUGCGCGUGCCUCUAUUAUUAGUUACGUAGACUGUAACAGGAGGUGGUUCUUCGGCGCUGGGUGGACGUGGCCGUUCGGCGAAGGACCGAGCCUGGUGAACAGUGUUCGUGGCAAACGUUGCGAUUAUGUUGGACGCAUUCGUCAUACAAAGAAGACACAAUUUGUGGUAACUGCGGACGACCGCCUGCAUUAAAGACGGGUAACCUUGCUGCGAAGAUGAAGGUAAAUUCAAGCUGCCGUCAGGUGCAAGCCGCAUCCGAUGGAGUUCUUUCCCUCUCGGUCUCAAACGUCGGUCAAUCCGAUUCACCACUUCCCUAUGUUGCGGUCCCAGUUGAUGGAUUCUGACAUGGACUAUGAAAGGCCAAAUGUUGAGACUAUAAAGUGCGUGGUCGUAGGGGACAACGCAGUGGGAAAGACGCGCCUUAUCUGCGCCCGGGCAUGUAACGCCACGCUCACUCAGUACCAGCUGCUUGCCACUCACGUUCCCACUGUCUGGGCCAUAGAUCAGUACAGGGUUUGCCAGGAGGUUCUGGAACGUUCCAGGGAUGUGGUGGACGAGGUCAGCGUGUCGCUGCGCCUCUGGGACACUUUCGGGGACCACCACAAGGAUCGGCGUUUUGCCUACGGCAGGUCUGAUGUGGUGGUUCUGUGUUUCUCCAUCGCCAACCCAAACUCCCUGUACCACGUGAAGACCAUGUGGUACCCUGAGAUCAAGCACUUCUGCCCCCGUGCUCCCGUCAUUCUGGUGGGCUGUCAGCUUGACCUGCGCUACGCUGAUCUGGAGGCCGUCAACAGGGCCCGACGGCCAUUGGCAAGACCCAUUAAAUCCAAUGAGAUCCUGCCUCCAGAGAAAGGCAGGGAGGUUGCUAAGGAACUGGGAGUGCCAUAUUAUGAGACCAGUGUUGUGGCACAGUUCGGAGUCAAGGAUGUCUUUGACAACGCCAUCCGUGCAGCCCUGAUCUCACGACGUCACUUGCAGUUUUGGAAGUCCCACCUGCGCAACGUUCAGAGACCCCUCCUCCAGGCCCCCUUCCUACCACCCAAACCCCCCCCACCCAUAAUCACCGUGCCCCCUCCCCCGACCACCACCGACGAGCACCCGGGCCGCCUACUGGAAGACUCCUUGUGUGCUGACGUAAUCUUAGUCCUACAGGAGAGACAGAAGAUCUUUGCCCACAAGAUCUAUUUAGCCACGUCCUCCUCCAAGUUCUACGACCUCUUCAUCAUGGACACGCGACCCGAGGAGGCCGAGAGGCCCCCCCGUCCGGCCCCCCUCUCCGGACGCGAGCUGCUGAUGCGUGCAGCCAGCUUCGACGUGUGCGAGAGCAGCGCCGAGGGCGGCAGGGCUAACCUGCGAGCCUGCACCAGCGACGGCACCCUGAGGGACUUGGAAGGUCGAGGCCGGCUGCUGUCGUCCUGGAGCAGGGCCUUUGUCAGCAUCCAGGAGGAAGUGGUGGACGACCCAGUGACUUACAGCCCCAGACCCAUGACCGUGGUGCACAUGGACCAGUCCAUGCAGCUGGGGCCUUUCAGGGCUGUCCUGCGCUACCUGUACACGGGUCAGCUGGACGAACAUGAGAAGGAGCUGAUGCACAUUGCGCACAUCGCAGAGCUGCUGGAAGUGUUCGACCUGCGGAUGAUGGUGGCCAACAUUCUCAACAACGAAGCGUUCAUGAACCAGGAAAUCACCAAAGCCUUUCAUGUCCGCCGCACCAACCGAGUUAAAGAAUGCCUAGCCAAAGGAACCUUUUCCGAUGUUGUGUUUAAGCUGGAUGACGGAACAAUUAUGGCCCAUAAACCCUUGCUUAUCUCCAGCUGUGACUGGAUGGCAGCCAUGUUUGGAGGACCGUUUGUGGAGAGUUGCACCAAAGAGGUAUUGUUUCCCAAUACGACACGCAGCUGCAUGAGGGCUGUGCUGGAAUACUUGUACACCGGCCGCUUCUGCUCCCGGGCAGAUUUGGACGCCAUGGAACUCAUCGUUCUGGCCAAUCGGCUGUGCCUCCCGCACCUCGUUGCCCUGACCGAACUGUAUACAGUGACGGUGUUGAUGGAGACUUCCAUGAUGGGGGCUGAUAUUGACGGAGAUGUCUUACUGUAUCUGGAGAUGGCCCAGUUCCACUGUGCUCAGCAACUCACUGGCUGGUGCCUCCACCAUAUCUGCACCAACUACAACAGUGUCUGCCGCAAGUUUCCUAGAGACAUGAAGGCCAAGUCCCCAGAGAACCAGGAAUACUUUGAGAAACAUCGCUGGCCACCAGUAUGGUACCUGAAGGAGGACGACCACUACCAGAGGACACGCAAAGAGCGCGAUAAGGAAGACUACUUGUAUCAGCGCAGACAGUGUAAACGCAAGUGGCUGUUCUGGAACCUACCUUCAUCUCCUUCUUCAAACUCUCCAUCUGGUUCCUCGGCUGUCAUCUGAUUGGUCCUCCGGGUGUAGGCCAGGGCCUCUCGGGACCAAUGGCAAAGAAGGGUUGUAAACACAAGAUCAGCAAAUUUGGUUGUAGGCCAAACGGAUUGAUCUGCGCUCUGUAGAUUUGUAGGGUGAGUUAAGUCUAACAAUGAAGAAACAUUUCACACGUUCUUCUUGCUAGCGCAAUCAUUGGAACGCAAAGACCACUAGACUCGCACCACAAAGAUCAGUAAAAAAAAAAAACUGUAGUGCUCUUUGUGUUCUUACUGAGGUUAAAUGAGUAGGCUUUGUGACAUCUCCCAUCUAAUCAUUGCUUAACUUGAAUUAUCAACCAUGUGUUGCUUAUCAGCUGCACCAGACAAACACCCAACAACCAGCACACUCAGCCUCAGUGAUGUAGAACACUUUACCAAUAAGUGUUGUACAAUCUAUAAAACUACAGAAAAUAUACAGUACAAUACCUUCAACAAGAAAUACAAGCUACCAAAUAGCUUUGUUUCUGCAGUUAAUUGGUUUUUAUCAUAGAAUAAAACCACUUUGAUUAUAGAAGGUCUAGCAAGACCUGUGCUCUUUUGUACAGUUGUAUAUUUGAAUGUUUGCGUUUACAACAGCUGAGGUUGUUUUGAGUAUCUACAUUUAUGUUGUGUUCUCUUUGGGAUGUGUGGCUGACUGUCACAAAAGGGCUUUCUUUUCAGUUCCAGACCUAUUAUCUUCUUGCAAGAAACAAUGAAAUCUAAUUACAGUAAAUAACUGUUUCAGUUCAAGUUCAAAAUGCUGUCUUGAACUGAAAUUCCAGCCUGUAUAGUAUAUAUGGAAUGUUAAACUUUGGAAGCAUCUGGAAUGUUGGAAUAUUGACUUGCUUUGGACUGUCAAGUUGUCCUUAAAAUCAAUUGUACAGAUCAGAUCAAACAAUUUCUUAUAUCAUUAUGGUGAAUGCUUCUACUUGGCCACUGAUAUGAAUAGCAAGACAUUCAUGUCCAGGGCACACCUAUCACUAAUCGAACACAGCCCGUUAUAUAUGUUUAUGUGUUUGAUGAUAUUCUGUAUGAUUGUUGCAUGACCUGGGGAGAACUGUGUCUUGGACCUGCCCUCUGACCAAGUCAUGGCUGUUAGAGGACUCCUCUCAACAUAGAAUAAUCUGAUGUAAUAAUGAUUUAUGUAUUCAUUUGGUAGAUGCUUUUACCUAAAGCAAAAUGCAGGGGUAAUUUGAACCAGGGACAUAUUGGUGUGCUGUCAAAUCUUCUCAGAAUAUAUUUGAAGUGCAUUAGAUCUGUCUUUCAACUGUAGUUAUAUAGAUUUAACCCCAUGGUGCUCAUUAAAUCAUUAGAGUAUUUAUAUAUUUACGUAAAACAGGAUAUUAAGCUAAUUAACAAACAUAGCUAAACUCUAACAUAAAUGUUACCUCAGAGUACAAUUACAGAGAAGUACACUAUGUGCCCACCAAGGGUGGGACUUGAUAGAAAUAGACUUGCAGAGGAGUAGUUGAAUAUGACACUAUCUUGUUCUGAACUGCUCUGUAGUUUCAUACUACAAAUUAUCAGAGAAAUCCCAUUAGGCAAAAUGCUAUGUGGGCAUCUUAAUCCACAGGGUGAGUCUUUAGAUUGGCAUUUUCCCUGUAUUUGCUGAAUUGCUUUUAGGAUACUUACUGCGAAAGCCUGUUUAAAAUAGAAUAGACGGGACUUGGACAGAAUAGAAUUAAGAUGUAUUUAUUUUUUUAUAAAGCAGAUCUUGAAGAAGUCCAUAGAAGGACCUUUAAUUUAACGUAACCGUGACAACAAUGCAGAAGAGAAUGCUUGUAAGGAGAUAUGAUCCUUACCUGCUUAUUAAACUGCAUGAACAAGACUCUUAAAGUGAAUUAUACCAUGCACACUAUUAAGAUUAAAAGGAAAGGACUGGUAUGGACAGUGUUAAUAUGUGUAAAGUGUAACAUGAAAUUAUACAUUACUUAACAUUGCCUACUUUCAAAAUCCAUUAGCAGUUCACUUUAAAAUAUAAUGUACUGUAUGUAAAAACAUUGUUUUGUAGUGAAUGUUUACUUCUGAAUGUUUGUCAUGACAAGGGUUUUACAUUUCCUAUCCCUCUUGGGUGGUCCCCUUAUAGUUCAUCAUAAAAAAUCUGAACACUGUUUCGCUGUCUUAUCUGUAUAUUUUCCAAAUUUGUAUGUAAUUAAAUCUUAUGUUGGAAUUUGAACAUUUUGAACAAUAAUUCAUGAUUAGCCUAACUGACAUUCACGCCUGAAAAUUAUAUCCACAAAUCUGUUACAUAAUGGAAAAAAAAACAAUUUUGUGGGACCCCCCAAACUAGAACCCUGGUCAUGGCAAAUUAUGAUGCAAGACUAUCGAGGUGUUUGUUUUGUGGGAAAAGUUUCUCUAUUAGUAAUCAUUCCAAAAUGGCAUUUAAUUAGGAAAUUCGGUAUUAUUGUUUUUAAUCUAUACUCAAUAGAAUGUAUAGACGGUUUGACCUGAGCAGUUAAAUUUUUAUUUUUUCUCUUCGUAGAUUAAGAUGAUUUAUUCCACGUGACAAUCUUUUACCUUCUAUGAAUUCAUAUUUAAGUUAAAAUGGUCAAUGUGCCCUCCUCUACUGAUGCGCUGCGUCAAGAGACACCUCAUGCCUUAAUGUGUGUGACACUGAAUGUAAAUAUUGUGACUGGUUUCGAGUUUGUGUAGCCUAAUAGCCUACUAGCUAAGAUGUACCAGCAUCAUGGUACUACUGUAUGUUGUGUUCUUUAGUGUAUCCUAGGCUACAUAAUCCUACAUAUCUCAGCGUGAAGUCAGUGUGAACACUGGGGAUCAUAAGAGUGCGCUUUGUUUGUUCAACUGUGAUUACAUAUUUUGUCAGUUUCUUUUCAUGUCGUUAAAGCUAAAAUUGGAGAAAUUGCACAUUUUACAAUAAAUUUGGAAGCCCCUCCCCCCCUCCGUUAAAUUAAAGCAGGGAUUAAUUCAAAAUUGUCUCAGUCAUUAGCUUCACUUUAAAUGUUAUCAUUACAGUGGAUGGCCCUUUGUGGACAUGAAACAUUGAUUAGAAUCAAAAUAAUUGAUCAAGGGCAAUGUCAGUUGGAAGGACGUCAGCAUCUAUGCUGGCUUGGUCUUGGAAUGUUUACACAUUGAGUAAUGUAGCCUGAUCAUUUGCAGUAGCCUCCAAGCUCAUGCUUGGAGUUAUAUUAGAGGCAAGACAAAUAAUUUGCUUUUAAGAGACCCCUUUCCAUGUGUCUGGGUGCUAAUUUUACCGCUGCAAAGCACAAACCAAAGGGAGCUUAUAGCAUUCAAAAUAGGCCUAUAUAUAUAUAUAUAUCGAUAUUCUGCAGACUAAAUUGCAUAGUUUAAAAUGCAUUGUAUUUAAAAUGGCUGGUUUUAAAACUUGAAUGUUUUCUCAGUGUUAUAAGCCUUGCCGAAAUUUGCCCUCAACAGCCUACUUAAAUUGUUCUUGAAGUAUGUUUGUAUUGUUUGAGAGCAGUAAAUGUGGAUUUCUGUAGCAUGUCUUCUUGCAAUUUGUAAAUAAUGUUUAUUUAAUAAUA